AGGACGUACCCGGUAGUUGUGACCUGCUUUUGUAACUCAGUCUGUGGUGUGUGUUAAACACUGCUGCAAGAACAGGGUAAAACUGUCCGGAUACAGCUGUCCUUACAGGUACGAUGAUGAACCGCUGUGGUCUGCUAACUCUGCAGAAGGAACCAGUUCCUCUGAAGAGCAUUGAGGUGGAGCUGGAGGUGAGGGACCAUGUGGCUACAGUGGUCUCCACUCUGAACUACGAGAACAAGGAGGACAAACCAUUAGAGGCUGUUUUUGUCUUCCCUCUGCCUGGAGAUGCUGCUGUCUGUCAUUUCAGUGCUAAGAUUGGACAGACACAGAUUGUAGCUGAGGUGAAGGAGAAACAGGAGGCUCGUGAGGAGUAUGAUGAUGCUCUGAGCAGCGGUCAGCAGGCCUUCCUAUUGGAGGAGAGUGAGCAGAGUCCAGAUAUAUUCUCUCUGAGUGUGGGCAGUCUGCCUCCAGGAGAGAGUGCCUCCAUCAGGUUGGAGUACGUCACUGAGCUGGCUGUGCAAGCUGAUGAUGGGCUGAGGUUCUGUCUGCCUGCUGUGCUCAACCCUCGAUACCAACCUCAGGGUAGUGAAGGUGCAGGUGUCCGGGUGACUUCUGUUCCAGCCUCUCUGGUGCCCUACAGUCUGUCUUUCUCUGCCCGAGUGUCCUCUCCUCGUCCAGUCUCUAAAGUAGAGUCCAACUGCUCCCUGGACCCUCUCCAGUACCUCAUCACUGAUCAAACCCAGGCCACGGUCAAGUUGGCUGCAGGACACAAGUUUGACAGAGAUGUUGAACUGCUGAUUUAUUACAAAGACGCCCACCAGCCCACUGCUGUGGUGGAGGCAGGACAGGCCUCUGCUGAGGCAGGCACUCUGAUGGGUGAUCCAGUGGUGAUGGUGAGUCUGUACCCUGAGUUCCCCCAGUCUGUGAUGUCUUCAUUGGCUUCAUGUGGAGAGUUUGUGUUCCUAAUGGAUCGAUCUGGAAGUAUGAGUAAUACUCGCAUCCGCAGUGCCAGGGAUACUCUGCUGCUCCUGUUGAAGAGUUUACCAAUGGGCUGCUAUUUCAACAUUUACAGUUUUGGGUCCAGUUAUGAACACAUCUUCCCUAAGAGUGUGGAGUACAGCCAGCAGACCAUGAAGGAGGCUCUGAAGAAAGUUGAGCAGAUGGAGGCUAAUCUGGGAGGAACGGAGAUCCUGCAGCCCCUCAAACAUAUUUACAGCCAGCCCUGCAUUCCCAAUCAGCCUAGACAGCUGUUUGUCUUUACUGAUGGAGAGGUGGGGAACACCAAAGAAGUGAUAGAUCUGGUGAAGAAGAAUUCAGGUUCUCACAGGUGUUUCUCUUUUGGGAUUGGGGAAGGGGCCAGCUCUGCUCUCAUCAAUGGGAUGGCCAAGGAAGGAGGAGGUCACGCUCAGUUCAUCACAGGGACUGACAGGAUGCAACCAAAAGUGAUGCAGUCGCUGCGAUUUGCUCUGCAGCCGACUGUGGUCGACAUCUCAGUCACAUGGGAUUUACCAAAGGAAGUGUCUGUCACUGUCCUCUCUCCACCAAUCACAGCACUUUUCCAGGGUCAGAGGUCACUGAUUUAUGCCCAGCUCAGUGGACAGAGCUCAGAGGCAGCAGAGGGCUGUGUGACAGUGAAGUACAGCCUGGCAGGUCAUCCCUCUGAGAACCAGCUGCACUUCAGUCUCAGACCUGCAGAAGACACUGGAUUAACGGUCCACAGGUUGGGUGCUCGGACCCUUAUUCGCGCCCUGGAGAUGGAGGAGAGAGAGCACAGAGGACAGCAGGAUGGAGGAGUAAAGGAGAAGGUGGUGAAGCUCAGUGUCCAAUCAGGAGUGAGCAGUUCUUUCACCGCCUUCAUUGCUGUCAACAAAGACAACAGCAAAGUGAUUGAAGGACCUCUUGUACCUAGAAAUAUUCCAACAGCCUUUGCUGUCUAUAUGGCAAUGUGUGCAAUAGGAAGCAAGAGGACUAAACGCAGUGCAAUGCGUGCUCUCACGGGGUAUGUUUCCAUGGCAAGCUGUGCUCCCAUGGCGAUAAUGUGUGACUCCAUUGCUCCAGAGCCCAUGAACCUUCUCUCUGGAGGAGCAGUUCCACUGAACACUGCUGUACCCGAUCAGCCUCCCAGAGACCCUUUGCUGCAGUUAGUCUCCCUCCAGGAGGCGUCUGGCUGCUGGCUGCUGGAUCCAGCUCUGGCUGCUGCACUGGGAAAGAGCAGCGAGGAGGUGGAAAAGUCAAAGCCUGCAAAGGCCAACAGUGAAGUGUGGGCCACCAUUCUGGCUCUGAUCUGGCUUCAUGGUUUGAAGAUGGAUGCAAAGGACGAGUGGGAGCUUCUGGCUAUGAAGGCUACAUCAUGGCUCCGUGCUCAGAACGCACCGUGUGUGACAGAGUGUGUGGAAGCUGGAAAUGUCCUGUUGGGCUGCAGCUUGAAGAAAGAAGCUCUGGGGCUCUGAGGGAUUUCUUCAAGCGGCUUCACCUUCAGGACUGAUGAACAGAAGCAGAUCUACUCUCACCAUACUGCCUUUGAUUCAGUGCUGUUUCAUAUUAUCUACCCCUUUUAUAGUUGUUAUGUAAUCAGGAUUGUUAUGGAUUCUUUAUUGUUGAUUAUAUUUGAAGUUUGUACCUAAUUCGGGUUUAAGUAAGUAAAAUCUAUUUAUAUAGCACUUAUCACAGAUAAAAAUCACAAAGUGCUUCACAACAAAAAACAAAAAUAAAAGUACAACAAUAUAAAACAAU